GUAAUGAAAGAUAGGUGUGAAAAUUGUCAAAAAAGUAAAUAAAUAAAUGUAAAUAUUGAUUUUAUUCCGAUAUGGCUUUAACAAAUAUUUUACUUUUAAGUCAAAUUGCUGGCUAUGUUAUUGCCUUUAUUUUAUCAUUAUGUAUUGUAGUUCCAAUGGCCUGGCAUCAAGAAGACUUUAAGGGCCACUGUUUACUAUUUUCCACCGGAGAUUGGCAAGAAACAGAUGGUCAACUGAAUGUACACUGGGCAUCACAAAGCUACUGCAAUUAUACUAUAUUUGUAGGUGUAUUCCUUUUGCUGGUAUCAGUGAUACAAAUAUACAGAUUAUCUGUGUUUCUCUACAAAGGGAUAGAUAGUAGCUUCUUCUCAGCUUUCAUAGAUGUAUUGAUGGGAAUAUGGCUUGGCGGCAUGACAAUCAUUGCAGCCCUUAUGAUAACAUUAGGAUUUAUGGCAUGGUGUCAGAACAUGACUGAAAGAUUCCCAUCUUGCGAAUUAGCUGCAGGGCAAGAUAUCGAUCAUGCCGACAAAAUCAACACUGCAAACUUUUACAUCCAGAUGGGAACAGCUCAAUUUGGCGUCUGGGGAUCGUUCGCUACAUGGGUCGGACUUUCGGUAUGUGCGCUCCUGAAACUCUGCAGAUACCAUCAACUGGAAAACAUCCGAGUGUCAAUGUACAGAGAACGGCAACGCCUUAUCAAUGAAAACGCCGAUUCUCCUGGUAGCAGUCUUGGAAGAGAAUCUACCAACACCCAGACAACGGCCACGGCCGAGUGAUUAGUUCGUAGUGUCCUGAGGUAUCCUUAUUUAGUCAUUUGCGCUAUUAUUCAUAUAUCUUUAUUGCUUCAUAGAAGUUUUUUCCAGUUUCUGACUGAUAGCUGAUGCAAGGGUCAAUUCCCAAGCCCGCUAGUUUAUCCAUAUAUAAAUUUUUAUAAAGUGUGUAUCAUCUUAUAGUAGAAUUUCAAAUUUAUUGGCUGAGUUCGGUAAAUGUCAAAAGGUUAGUCCUAAAAGUGGUCAGAAUCCUUACGAAAAAAAUAUCUAAUUCCGCUACCUGCUUCUAAUCUAUCAGAAAAGAUAAUCGUAAUUAUGAAUUUCCACUUGUUUACUUCUAGCAUUGAUAUUUUCGACAAUAUUUUGUCAUUUAUCAAUCACAAAACAGUUAAUACUCAAUCAACAAAAAAUAUUACCAAUUAUUUUACUACACACUAUUCCAGAAAUCUAAAAACUAAUAUUUUUAACAUGUGUAUUGAAAUUUAGACUACCAUUUUUAAAUUUUCCCAUAAAAUUUUAUUUUGUUUUAAAUUUUCCAAAUAGAGAUAUAUUACUGUAAAUGAUUUUGUACAAUUUUUUUAAUAGAAAAUUCUUAUGAAAUGUUAUUUCCUUAUACAGGUCCAUAUUCUCCAUUAUUUUGAGUAUUAAAACAAACAUUUCACCCAUCAGCUUUGAUCUUUCUGACAGAAAUUAUGAAAAGUAAGUUCUGAAACUUUUGUCUAUUGAAAAUAUUGUUCAUUUAUAACAGUACAUCAGUAUGUACGUCUUUCAUCUAUGGUUAUUACAAUAAAUUUUGAUCUAUUUAUAUUCAAAGGUGGCCCAGCCCUUGUAGCUAUCAGAAAAUAUUACUGCGUCAUCUGCAUGUUGUUUUUGUCUCAUUUUACUAAUAAACUUUCUACUAGACCUCUAGACCAUCUCUUGAUAUAUAUUUUUAGUUUUAAAUUACUGAAAUAUGAUUAAGAUUGAUAUAGUACCUUAUUUUAUAUACUUUAUAUAGAUUACUUUGAGAUUAAAAUGAAACUACAUUUCUAGGAACAAUAAAUACAUUUUAACAAUCCAGAAAUUGGUUCUGAAGUCGUCAAAAGAUAUAUUUAGCAUGUUAAUUUUAGCAACAAUUCAGUUUAUUAAUACAUUUAAAAAAGUCAAUAUGUGAACCCCCUAUAUAGUCUCUAUAUUAGUUUUAUUGUGAUAUUUAUUAUUUAUAGAAUAUUAUUUACAUUUAAAUAAAGUUU